AUGAGGCUCAUGUCAGACGACGAGCUGACGCGCUUCCAGGUGGCGCUGGCGACGCUGCAGGAGCAGUGGCACGGCGGCGCGCUGGCGGCGCUGGCGCGCGUCUACAGCAACCACGUGAUGCAGGCGAACUCGCCCGCGUUCUUCCUGCCGUGGAAUAGACUGUUCCUGAGACAGUUUGAGCAGCUACUACAGCAGGUGGACUGUACUGUCACUCUACCCUACUUUGAUUUCACCACACACGUCGGAAACUUCACCAACGCUCCCUUGUGGAAUUCAGCCUACUUCGGAGGAAAGGGUUGUACGUCCGAUUCGACAGCAGCAUCGCAGCCGUGCGUGAGCAGACGCUUCUCCAGCAUCCAACUUCCUAGCGCCGUUGAGAUAGCGAUCGCCAUGGCAACCAACGACUACAUGACGAUGAGCGCCAGUCUAGAGACGUACGCCUUCCUCGUGCACGAGUUCGUCGGCGGUCACAUGGCGACGUCGGCGGCCGUCUACGACCCAGCCUUCUACGCGCUGCAUGCAUACGUCGACGCGCUCUGGGACAGGUGGCAGCACCGUAGCGGUGGCGACGGCGGCAGCUACCCGCCGGAAUACGUCGAUGUGACGAUGCUACCGUUUAACGUCGCUCCCGCCGACGCGCUGGACUCCGCCGCGCAGACGUGCGUCGCCUACCCGCGUAGUCCCGCGCGCGCAUGCGACAGCUCCAUCCCGUACCAGCGCGCCGUCGACAUCCUACAGCGACAGGGCGACGGCUUCCUGCGGACGGUCGGUCGCACGUGCCCACCGCUGGUGGCGCCCUCCUCUCGCGUGGCGUACCGGCUAGGAGUCGGCGACCGCAUGCAGCAGCAGCUGCCCGCGCUGCCCGUUGCCAAGGCGAUGAGUGACGUGUCACGGUCGGCGUGCUUUGAUGUGGAGCUCUUCACUCAUUCGAGCUGUCCGUGCGAGCAGCCGAUAGCGACGUGCAAGUUUAACCCAUGCAGCGCCACCUGUGAUGCCUAUCCAGACGCUGUGUGCACGUUAGACUUUUGUGGCUCAUGUGUGGGACACUGGUCACGAGGAGGCGCUCCUGUCAAGUGUCACAAAGAUGGAGCGCGCUGUGAUCAGCGCAUUAACGUCUGCGUGUAUCCAUUAGCAACGGGAAACUGUGACAUGCCUAUGAAGAGAUAUUUUUACAACAUGACAACCGGCAGCUGUGACGAGUUUCAGUUUUCAGGCUGCGAUGGGAAUCUAAACAACUUUGAGAGCAGCGACGAAUGCGAAGGAAUCUGCACAGUAGGGGCAUGCUGCCAUCGACAACUCACCCGGCCGCCAGGUGGCGCAGUCGGACGUUAUCUCUAUUCCAGCCCAACUUGCGAGGUAAUGGCUGAACUCGGCCACCCAUACAGGUGCCAACUGAUCCCGUUUGUGCACAUGGUCUGCAUUGAUGGACUAGGCGGUAGUCACAGCGAACAAAGCUGGUGGCAGUCUACGGAAGACGAGUGUCAUAACUGUACGUGUGUGGGCGGACAGCAACAGUGCGAACACAGGGGCUGCCCGGCCACGCCCUGCACUCACCCAGUGCAUCCAGACGACUCGUGCUGCCCUCUAUGCACAGACUGUCUGCUGGAUAACGUCACCCAUGCCGACGGUGCGCCGAUCAGGACUGCCGACCCGUGCGAGGAGUGCAGGUGUGAUGGCGGCAGCGUCAUGUGUCGUGUCGGACCCUGCGAGUGCGACCACAAGGGCCGACUGUACGAGCACGGAGAGAGCUUCUACGAUGGCCACCCGUGCAUCAACUGUACGUGUAACAAGGGAGAUGUCACGUGCGAGAGGCUGGACCUACUGUGUCGCCCGCGGUGUGCGCACCCGGCUCGGGUGAGGGGUGGCGACGUAUGCUGCCCCACGUGCGACAACUGUGAAUACCAUGGCAGCUACUACCGUAACGGGCAGAAGUUUACGAUGACCACGGACGGAAUGUGCCAAUUGUGCAGCUGUGAGGACGGAGACGUAACAUGCGCAGUAGAGAAGUGUGAGAGCCCACAAUGUGACAACCCGGAGGUCGUUGCUGGUAGUUGCUGCCUUCACUGUCCGCCACUGUGCACAAUAGGGGUCGCUGUGUACGAAGAGGGCGAUAUCUGGGUGGAUGAGGCGGAUGCGUGUAAGACAUGUGUGUGCAAGGCGUCGCAGGCUGUAUGCACGGAGGAUCUCUGCGUGCCCGUGUCCUGUUCGCACCCGUCUAAGCCCGCGGACAGCUGCUGCCCCGUCUGUGAGCGCUGCCAGGUCUCCGAGCUGACAUACGACAACGGACAGCAGUUCACGCAUGCCGACGAUCCCUGCCAGACGUGCAGCUGUGCGCACGGAAACAUCACGUGCGAGCCAGUCGGCUGCCCAACACUGCAGUGUGACACGCCCUGUCCGCCCGACAACCCCAACUGUAGAAAAGCACAGCCAGGAGAGUGCUGCCCAACUUGUAAUGUCUGCACGUUGAGGGGUUCUACGUACGGAGACGGUACCUCGUUCACCAGCCCGCUAGACAGCUGCCAGGUGUGUGAGUGCGACUACCCCUACGUGACGUGUAAGCGACUACCGUGCCCCCCUGCGGCGUGCCACCACCGCGCGAGCGGCUGCUGUGCUGCCUGCGUCGACUGCAACUAUGGCAAGCCGCACGUGGAGCAACGGCGAGGAGUUUCGUCAGUCCGCUGGACAACUGUGAUUGGUUGUUGCAAGGAGUGUACCGACUGCUAUAUCGACGGGCAGCAGGUGGCGGACGGAGCUAGCCUCGACUACGAGCACUCAUGCAUCACGUGCGAGUGUCGCCAUGGCAACGGCGAGUGUCACCAGCGCGCGUGCACGCCCGUCGGCUGCUCGCAUCCCGUGACGACGGGUUGCUGCCCCGAGUGCGGAAGCUGCGAAUACAAGGACCAGCUGGUGUUGAACGGACAGCUCUUUGCUGAGCCCGAUGACCCCUGCGUGUCCUGUGAGUGCCACCAGGGCAACAUCAGCUGCGGCCCGUUACAAUGUCCGACUGUUGCCUGUACGCACCCCAGCAGGGGACAAUGUUGUCUCGAGUGCCACACGUGUAACUAUGGUGACAGGGUCUACGCGAACGGCGAACGCUUUGAGGAUGAGACGAGACCAUGCGAAGAAUGUAACUGUAAAAGUGGUAACGUUGAGUGUUCGGUGAAGAACUGCCCCCUGGUGAGCUGUUCAGAUCCUAAGCCAGGUCCCUGCUGUCCUGAGUGUAACAGACCGUGUAGCCAUCACGGCCAGAUGUACAAACACGGGCAGACAUUCCCGAGUCUGGACGAGGAAUGCAACGAGUGUGUUUGCAGCGACGGCGAGGUGUCCUGUCACAUACGGCCAUGUCCACCCGUCAGAUGUACGCACCCGCGAGAUGGCGCCUGCUGUCAGACGUGCGACAGCGGCUGCCUGUUCCUGGACAAGGUCUACGCUGCCGGUGCCAGUCUAACGAAUCCAGCCAAUAAGUGUGAGGUGUGUCGCUGCUACGGCGGGGACAUGCAGUGCCACACCCUAGACUGUCCCACCCUGUCCUGCUCCAGCACAUACAUACCUGCAGUUUCUCAUAAAUUUCGUGUGGACUGCUUUAUUAGGAACGGCUACACAAACUGCGGUUUAAAACCCUGCCCUGCGUGUUCGCACCCCAAGCUGGUAGAUGGUGCCUGCUGUCCUACGUGUACGGACUGCUUCUACCACGGGCAGGAGUACACGAACGGCAGCGAUUUUUCAGCAGGUUGUGAGCAGUGCGCAUGCGUCAAUGGUGACGUUACCUGCGCGCCUCUCACGUGCCCCGACCUGGACUGUGACAACCCGGUGCUGCCCCUUGACGAGUGCUGCCCGAUCUGUCCGCAGUGCAGCGUCGACGGUCUGACGUUUCGCGAUGGAGAGAACUUUCCCAAUCCUGCGGACAGAUGCGAGAACUGCACCUGCCGAGGAACAGCCGUACACUGCGUGAGGCGACCAUGCACGGCCACGUGUGCUCACCCGGUGCCCGACAAGUGCUGUCCCCAGUGUGACGGUUGCUACUACAAGCAUCAGACGUACACGAACAAGCAACUGUUCAAACCCGGGCCGUGUCAGACGUGCGUCUGUGAUGACGGGAGCGUUACCUGCACCGCAGAUAAAUGUGCGGAGCUGAGCUGUCAGUUCAGGAUUCGUGACCCGGGGUCAUGCUGCGAACGCUGCCAGGGUUGUUCCUACGAGGGUCAGGAGUACGAGGAGCACGCAAUAUGGCCGUCGAAGCACGACUCGUGCGUCAAGUGCACCUGUCACCAGGGCGUUGUCACCUGUGCGCGGAAACACUGCAUGACACCAUGCGCUCGCUCCUUCCUUAGACCUGGUCAGUGUUGCCCAGUCUGCAGAGGUUGCUAUUACAAGGGCGCACUGCACAUCAGCGGCAAAGUAUUCCAUCCUGACAACGACAUUUGUCAGACAUGUCAGUGCGAGGGAGGGGCCCUCCAGUGCUGGAAAGAGACCUGUCCCGCCUUGCUCGAUUGCCCAGCUGACGAGGUGCUGCCACCUGCACACGACCAGUGCUGUCCCCACUGCGCGCGUCACCUGGUGUCCAGCUGCACUGCGCUGAGCGUCGACGUGGUGCCGACGUCCGAUCCCUGCUAUACAUGCCGCUGCUCGCAGCACGGCAGCUGGCUGUGCGAGCGCCGCCAGUGCCCCCUGCUGAGUAACUGUCCGCAGUCUGAGAUCUACAUGCCACCUGGCGAGUGUUGCCAGAAAUGCAAGCUGUGCUACUCGGAGGCAGACGGCGCCUUCUUCCGCGACGGGCACGUGUGGCCGGCGAUGACGGACCCGUGCGAGCAGCACAGCUGCCGCGGCGGCGUCGUCAGCACCAGUCGGCUCGUUUGCCCCGUCCUGCACUGCCGGCCCGACGAGCUGCGGCAGCUGCUGCCGUUCGACUGCUGCGAGGAGUGCGUGCACCGCAGCAACCUGACGUGCAUCGUCUCUGGACAGCUGCACAGUGGUGGCGAAAGGUGGCAGUUAGAUGACUGCACGCAUUGCGUCUGUGAGGAGGGUGAGAACCUGUGCACGGUGCAGACGUGUGAGCCGCUCAACUGCAGGCCGGAUCAAGUGCCAUUCAUGGCUCCUGGCGCCUGCUGCCCAGAGUGUAUCACGCGGCCAGUAACGUGCGUAGGGUUCGGCGACCCGCAUUACCGCACGUUUGACGGCAACAUGGUGCACUUCCAGGGUACGUGUCGUUACGUACUAGCAGCCGACUGCGUCACGGGCAACUUCACCGUGGAGGUUGUGAACACUGACCGAGGUCACCGCGGGUCAGUGGCAUGGACGGAGUCGGUGACUGUGAAGAUAGCUGGAUCCGUCUACGACCUGCUGCGGCAAGGUCGCGUGAGGGUCAAUGGCGAAGACGUCGACCUGCCCCUAUUGCAUCGCCCACAGGUGCUGGUGGAGAAAACUGGGAAUACCAUCAUGCUCACCACGAAUGUCGGAAUGAAGGUUCUGUGGAAUGGCGACAGCUACGCAGAGGUGAGUGUGCAGCCCGCCUACAUGAGAAAGAUGUGCGGACUGUGCGGAAACUACAACAGCUACCCGCCAGACGACUUGCGCAUGAGGUCAGGUGACCUGACAACGUCUGCUGCUGUGUUCGGUAAUUCGUGGAAGGUGCCUGACAGCAGCAGGGAGUCGCAGUGCAAGGAUGCGAUCGACAUCGACCCCUGUGUGCAGGGCGGCUACGCUGCCCGCAAGCUGGCAACGACGAAAUGCGCCGUCAUUCGCGGUCCGAUCUUCCGGCCGUGUCACCGCGUCGUCUCGCCAGAACCGUUUUUCGCGUCGUGCGUCUACGAUCUGUGCGCAUGCGCACACACCGAGCCGUGUCUCUGCGACAUCCUCGGCACCUACGCUCUCGAGUGCGCUCAGGCCGGCGUCACGCUCAACUGGAGGUCAGAGGCGCUCUGUGAUGAGCAGUGUGACACCGAGCUCGGCUUAAUAUGGGAGGAGUGCGGGCCUCCCUGUCACAGGACGUGUGCCAACAAGGAGGUGGCGCUGAGCAAGCUCAACGCGGAGUGCUACAAACCCUGCGUACCAGGUUGCCGAUGCUCGGCGGAUCGCGUGCUGUAUGAUGGACAGUGCAUAGCGCCCUCAGACUGUCCCGUGUGACAUCGCCAUCAUAGCGUAACCACGUCUCUACUUUCAACUGUUGCAUUCCGGCGGGAACGACUUCCAUAAUCGGCAACAAGAUAGCGCUAGCUGAGAAUUAGCGAUGUUUUCACGAUUGGUGGCUGCGGAUAGUGACCGUCUGCGGUAGACCAACCAAGGAAGGGCUCGGCGAAGGUUGGCAAUUUGAGAUUUACGUUGAAGAUCGGGUCAACGAUUUUUGACUAUAGUUAUGGAGGAGAUGGUCAACCGAUAGAAAUGGCAGCUAUGAAUGAAGUUAUUUAUUUCUGACUACACGUAUGUAGGAAGAUAUCCUGUGAUGAUGGCAGCUACGUACAGGGCCUGGUUUAUUGUUGAUGACUGCAACUAUGGGCAGAGGUGACCAUUAGUGACGGCAACUUUAAUGAAGAUUGACCAGUGGUGAUGGCAGCUAGAAUGGAACUUAAGUAUGAAUGACUGCAGCUAUCCAGGAAUUAAACUAUUGUGACUACGACUACGUAAGGAAUUAUCUUGUGAUAAUGGCAGCUACAGGGCAUGGUUAACUGUUGGCAACUAGGAGCUAUAUCGUGGAUGUGAACCAACGUUGAUGGCAGCUAUGGCAGAUGACAACUAUUACUGACUGUGGAUAUGAACAGAGCUAACUAACGGUGACUACUGCUAUGUGGAAUGAUAGUCAGUGAUGAUUGCAGCUAGAAAGAAAGAUGAACUGUUUGUGACGGCACCUAAUAAGGAGCGCAACCCAGUAAUGAUGGAAGCUCUGCAGACCGCCUCGGGUAGUGGAGCUGGUGAUCACACGAUAAGAAAGCCAACCACGGGUGACACCACUGCGGUUAUGGCUUCUAUUCAUUUAUUAAGGUUUAAUCAACUUUACAACUCAUUGCAGUUGAAAUCCACCUUCGUCGGCGGGCUCUAUGCCCCCGAUUAUUACAUUAACUUGAGAUCACAUCCAAUUGUGACUGGAAUCACUUUAGUUAUAUGUUAUGUGCGGGCACAUUACGCGAGAAGUUAAAUGACGCCAUGAAGAUCACUGUCUGUGUGUGUAUAUGUAUUUACGUGUAGUAUGUUGGGCUGGAGAUAUCUCUUGUAGAAUAUCAUUUGGCGCGAAGUGACAGCGUACACUGUCGGAAACCUGAGAGGAAUAAAGUUCAUAUUCCUACCCCUAACUGUUUGUGCUACACAAAUGUGUAUUUAUUCGAAGGAAAGCUAGUAUAUAGCGGACGCGGUAAGUGAUGUGUUAACUGUACUAGCAUAUUGUACAUGGCAGCUUAACGAUAUACGGUUCGUGAAAUUUGUUUCAGUAGGUACGGUUUAUAUUGUGUUGUUUAUAUUACGAGGAGCGCUCAUCAC